UCCGGGCGGACGCUCGGCUCCCGCCGCGCCUCCUCGCUGGCUGCGCUCCCUCCCGGCGCCCGGCUUCUCCAGCCACCAACCUGCGGCUGCGGCGGCGGCCGCCCGCCCCUUACCCGGCAGCACCAUGACAGAUCAGGCCUUUGUGACACUGACCACAAACGAUGCCUAUGCCAAAGGAGCCUUGGUCCUGGGCUCGUCUCUGAAACAGCACGGGACUACCAGGAAGCUGGCCGUGCUUGCCACCCCGCAGGUCUCCGACUCCAUGAGAAAAAUUUUAGAGACCAUCUUCGAUGAAGUCAUCACAGUAGAUGUCUUAGACAGUGGCGAUUCUGCUCAUCUAACUUUAAUGAGGAGGCCUGAAUUGGGUGUCACAUUAACUAAACUCCACUGCUGGUCACUUACACAGUAUUCAAAAUGUGUGUUCAUGGAUGCAGAUACUCUGGUCCUAGCAAAUAUUGAUGAUCUUUUUGAGAGAGAGGAGUUGUCCGCAGCACCAGACCCAGGGUGGCCUGACUGCUUCAAUUCUGGAGUCUUUGUUUAUCAGCCUUCUGUUGAAACCUACAAUCAGCUGUUACAUCUUGCUUCUGAGCAGGGCAGCUUCGAUGGUGGGGACCAGGGUUUACUGAACACAUUUUUUAGCAGCUGGGCAACAACAGAUAUCAGAAAACACCUGCCAUUUAUUUAUAACCUAAGCAGCAUUUCUAUAUACUCCUACCUCCCAGCAUUUAAAGCAUUUGGUGCAAAUGCAAAAGUUGUGCAUUUCCUGGGGCGAAUCAAACCAUGGAAUUAUACUUACGAUCCUAAAACAAAAAAUGUCAAAAGCGAGUCCCAUGAUCCCACCAUGACUCAUCCAGAGUUUCUCAACCUGUGGUGGGACAUCUUCACCACCAACGUUUUACCUCUGCUUCAACAAUUUGGCCUUGUUAAAGACCCCCACUCGUACUUAAAUGUGCUUUCAGACUUGGUCUAUACACUGGCUUUCUCUUGUGGCUUCUGUAGAAAGGAAGGUGUCUCGGGAGCUGUAUCACAUCUGUCCCUUGGGGAGAUCCCGGCCACAGCACAGCCUUUUGUGUCCUCAGAAGAACGGAAGGAGCGGUGGGAACAGGGCCAGGCCGAUUACAUGGGAGCAGAUUCCUUUGACAACAUCAAGAGGAAACUUGACACUUACCUCCAGUAAAAACGCUGCCUUUUUCCCAUGGACACAUCCAUUUCACAGGCACUUGUUUUGGAUACUUAGUAUCUAGAGCUGGGUUAAGAAAGGUCUGUUACAGUUGCUAGAAGCUUUGCUAAAAUUAAGAUGCAUCAGAUGAGGGGAUUUUGCAGGACAACGGGUGAGAACGGGGCAAAAGUUGUGAAAUAGCAGUUCAGCUAUGUGGACAGCGUUCUGCUUUUUAACCCUAGGCUUAUU